CCCAGUAAACAUAAACAAAUGUUAGAAGGACUCAAAAAGUAAAAAGUUUUAACAAAAUAUAAAAUUAUUCUAUUUCCCAGUCCCCAAUACAUUAUUUAAAGUGUCCGUAAUAACAAAGGACUUACCUAAACGAUUAUAGAAGUAAACUUAACAAAAUGGUUAAAGCAAUUACUAGAGUGAAGAGGGAAACCCCAAAUGCAAGGACUAAAGGGACCAAGGAUAGCUCGAAGCGCUAUCGCGAGAAAAUGAAAGAGGAUCCGAUCAAGUUUAAGGAAUAUCGCGCCAGAGAGGCGGAAAGGAGCAGGAUAUAUCGCCAGAAUAUAAAGGAAGUAGUCACCAAAAACAAGAAGGCUCUAAAAACAAGGAGAGAAAUCGAUCGAGUAAGACAGCAAAAAUAUCGGGAGAAAAAGAAGGAAGAACUCGCAAAUCAAAAGUCAAAGGAAGAAAUGUUGAAGAAAGUUGAACGGGCACUGCCAGCAAAAAUGUCCCUAAAGAUUGAAGUCAUUAAAAUAUUAUAUAGCAAAUAUGUUGAGCCUGAAAGUCCUAAAACUAGUUUGAGCAAAAAUGUUGAGCCUGAAAGUCCUGAAACUAUUUUAUGCAAAAAUUUUGACCCUGAAAGUCCUGAAACUAUUUUAAGCAAAAAUGUUGAGCCUGAAAGUCCGGAAACUAUUUUAAGCACAUAAUGUCUCUCAAAUUAUAUUCUUAAGAAUUCAAAUAUUUUUAAGUUUCUUGUGGCCUGUUUAA